AUGGACACUCUUCUAACGGCAAAAGUCGUCGCAAGCUCCCCUCGUUUCCGCAGAAAGUCCAGCACCUUCGUGGACGCCAUCCAUGACUUGCCAGAGAGAGUCGAGCUUGCUCCCGCGCAGCUCUACAGCACGGAGUCUGGACGUCUCUUCCAUUCAGGACGCAUUGUAAUUAUUACAGUGGGCUUACCAGCUCGCGGGAAAACGCUGGGUGUGACAACGAGGAUUUUCCACCUUGGAGACUAUCGACGUGCCACCGUGGGGCCUGGUCAAGAUGUCCCCGAUGACUACUUUUUUGUCAAUGCGUCCGCCUCGUCUGUCCUGCUCAGGCAAAAGAUUGUCAAAAAGUGCAGAGAGGACAUCUACCAUUUUCUCAAGCACGAAAACGGCCAAAUUGCCAUAUAUGAUGCCGUGAACCCUAUCGCAGCUGGUCGUCGCUCUCUAGCUAAAGAAUUCGCUAAGCAUGACAUAGACACACUAUUCAUUGAAUCGUUGUGCGACGAUGAGCGAAUAAUCGAGGAAAACGUUCUGAGUGUCAAAAUCUCGUCUCCGGACUAUGUUGGUUGGGACCCAAAAGACGCUGUGAAGGACUACCUGGCAAGAAUCUCAGCGCGCAUACCUCAAUUUGAGACAAUGAAUGAACAGGAGCUGAAUUAUAUUAAGAUGGUCAACGCUGGUGAGAGAAUAAUGAUCAACAACCGUUCCUUCGGCUACCUGCAUCAUCGCAUAGUCUUCUAUCUUCUCAAUUUACACAACAAGUCGCGCCAUACAUAUUUUGUUCGGGCUGGAACAUCCACAGACCCCACAUCCUACAAAGCCGACGCUUCCCUUUCCGAACAAGGUGUCGACUAUGCACGGAAGAUGACAGAACGAUUGCUCCAGCAUCGCGAAUUGGAAAGGCAGAUCUUGAUUGAGCAAGGAGAUGCGGACACGGAAUUAAAGCCCCUUACGGUGUGGACAUCAACCCGCUGCCGGACCGUGGAGACGGCACAGUUUCUGCAGGAGAUGGGGUAUAAAGUGCGCCAUCGGUCACAGAUGAGCCAGUUGAACCCGGGCGUUUGCGAGAAGUUGUCUGAGCGGAAGAUCCGGGAGCUGUAUCCUGACGAGGUGAUUAAGCAUGAGAAUGAUCCGUAUCAUCACCGGUAUCCACGGGCUGAGUCCUAUCACGACCUUGCUGUGCGUCUUGAGCCGAUUAUCCUGGAACUUGAAAGGGAGAGGAAUGACCUGCUUAUCAUUGCGCAUGAGAGUGUAUUGCGUGUGCUCUAUGGGUAUUUGAUGGCUUGCAACGCUGCGGAUAUCCCGUUCCUGUCAUUCCCCCGCGAUGAGAUUAUUGAGAUUAUUCCCGCAAGCUACAACAACUCAGCCAAAAGAAUCCACAUCCCCGAUUUGCCAGAGGAGAUCAUCCCUGCGUCGCCGGAAGAUAUCAAGAUUCCCGCCCCGCCCAGUGGGGUUGUCUCGCCUAUGCCCGGUGGAUUGGAUGGUACUAUCAGCGCAGGACCGCCGAGAGGAGGCACGCCGCAAAAUGGACUGAAGACGCCACAGGAUGGUGAGAAGAUUUUGCAACAUCAUGUUGAGGAUGUUGUUUAG